UUGGGCUUCUAUAUAAAUGAGCAUUUCAUAUGUAGAUUGCAGAACUAGCUCAGAGCAACAAUGGCUUUCUCUUCUCUCUCUUCAGCUUCUGUGUCUCUGCUCUUGAUCUCUUCUUUCUUCUUAUUGGGUGUCUCAGAGGUACACUCUGAAUCUUCCCAUCAUUUGGUGAAGGGAAUGUCAUGGUCAUUCUACAAGUCCAAAUGCCCUGAGGUGGAGAGCAUCGUCAGGAAACAUCUUAAGAAGGUCUUCAAGAAGGAUAUUGGCGUAGCUGCAGGCCUCCUUCGCCUUCACUUCCAUGACUGCUUUGUUCUGGGAUGUGAUGCCUCAGUGUUGCUGGAUGGGUCAGCAAGCGGGCCAAGCGAGCAGGAGGAUCCUCCCAACUUCACCCUCAGAGCUAAGGCGUUUCAGAUCAUUAACGACCUCCAAGCCCUCGUUCAGGAGCACUGCGAUCGCGUCGUCUCUUGUGCAGACCUCGUCGCUCUUGCUGCCCGUGAUUCCGUUUUCUUGUCUGGGGGUCCAGAUUACAGAGUGCCCUUAGGAAGGCGUGACAGUCUAAACUUCGCAACAAGAGAAGCAACUCUAGCAAACCUCCUACCAGGGACAAGCAACACAACCGCAGUUCUCAACUUGAUGGCAACCAAGAAAUUAGACGCCACCGACGCCGUCGCACUCUCCGGCGGCCACACGAUCGGCGUCGGCCACUGUUCUUCCUUCACCGAACGCCUCUACCCAACCCAAGACCCCACCAUGGACAAGUCAUUCGCAACCGAACUCAAGAAAACCUGCCCAGAAUUAAACACAAGCGCCACCACCGUCUUGGAUGUCCGUACACCCAACUUGUUCGAUAACAAGUACUAUAUCAACUUGGUGAAACGAGAAGGCCUCUUCACCUCCGAUCAGGACCUGUACAUGGACAGUAGGACGAAGGAAAUCGUCACUAGCUUCGCAGAGGACGAGGAGCUGUUCUUCGAGAAGUUCGUCAACGGCAUGAUUAAGAUGGGCCAACUUAAUGUCUUGACGGGGAAGAAGGGAGAGGUUCGUGCCAAUUGCUCGGCUGUCAACUCUGAUGCGUACUUGUCGACAGCGGUGGAUGCCGACGGCGAUGAAUACGACGACGAGCAGAGCGCCGAGUUAUAAGUUGUCACCUUUUUCUCAUCUUAUCUGAAACUAUUCUACAUUUCCACUAGGUGUAGGAAGACUUGCUUUUAUGCAACUACCAGUCUAUGCAAGAUUGUAAAUUUGUGGUGGUGGUGGUGGUGUUUGUUGUCGUUGUCUUAAUUAAAUAAAAGCAAAGUUUUUUCUCUGCUUUUACUUUCA